AUGCAAAAAUAUUUUUUGAUGCAUGUAAGUAGAGCGCACAAGCCGAAUGUACAGGCGCCUCUGACGGAUAUAGUGCGCACUUCAUAUGGACAGAGAAAUAGAUGGGUGCACGGAAGACGCAAAAAACAUUUGAACUGCACGUGCAAAGUUGCGAGAAUGUAUUUGAAAGCACUGUUAAAUAUUGACAAUUUAAAACUAAUAAAAAAGCUUUGUAAAGUGCAGCGUCUGGCAAGUGAUGUGGCCAGAUUAUCCUGGCAGUCAGUGAAGAAGGUCCGAACGGGUGCAAGCGUUUUUACACUUCAUUCUCAUAGCAAUGCUUCAUUAAAUUUUAUGCUAAUUCUACAUGUUGAAGACCUCACGACUCAAGAUAACGUGUCGUAA